AUGGCAGCUUCCGCAAUGGUACUGGAUCCGAAACCCGUAUCAUCUUCCGACCCGCCGCCGGCACUUCCAGCUGUCGCCGCCUCUAAAUACAGCGAAUCAUCCGAUGAAGACGAUUUAUACGUCCGACUCAAAUCCCUCCAGCGGCAACAGGAGUUCAUCGACAUUCAAGAGGAGUACGUGAAGGAUGAAUUGAAAAACCUGAAGCGAGAGUUUCUACGGGCUCAGGAGGAGGUCAAAAGGAUCCAGUCGGUGCCGCUGGUCAUUGGCCAGUUCAUGGAAAUGGUUGACCAGAACAACGGCAUCGUCGGGUCCACUACCGGAUCGAAUUAUUAUGUCCGCAUUCUAAGUACUAUUAAUCGCGAGCUCCUCAAGCCCGCCGCCUCCGUGGCUCUCCACCGCCACUCUAAUGCCCUCGUCGAUGUCUUGCCCCCUGAAGCUGACUCCAGUAUUUCGCUCCUCAGCCAAUCGGAGAAACCUGUACAAUGGAUGUUACACUCAAUCAAUAUUUUUAUGAUAUUGGCGGAUGUGAUAAAUGUUACCUACAAUGAUAUUGGCGGAUGUGAUAUUCAGAAGCAGGAAAUUCGUGAAGCUGUUGAAUUACCACUUACACACCAUGAACUGUACAAGCAGAUUGGUAUUGACCCUCCCCGUGGAGUGUUGCUUUAUGGUCCACCUGGUACAGGUAAAACCAUGCUUGCCAAGGCUGUGGCAAACCACACAACUGCAGCUUUCAUUAGGGUAGUGGGUUCAGAAUUUGUGCAGAAAUAUCUGGGUGAGGGUCCUAGAAUGGUCCGUGAUGUCUUUCGUCUGGCCAAAGAGAACGCUCCUGCAAUUAUCUUUAUUGAUGAAGUAGAUGCCAUUGCGACUGCUCGAUUUGAUGCCCAAACUGGAGCUGAUAGAGAGGUUCAAAGAAUACUCAUGGAACUUUUGAAUCAGAUGGAUGGAUUUGAUCAGACUGUGAAUGUGAAGGUCAUCAUGGCCACUAACCGUGCCGACACGUUGGACCCUGCACUUAUACGUCCUGGUAGACUUGAUCGUAAAAUUGAAUUCCCUUUGCCUGAUAGACGGCAGAAGAGGCUGGUUUUUCAGGUUUGCACAUCUAAGAUGAACUUGGGUGAUGAAGUUGAUUUAGAGGACUAUGUUUCUCGACCUGAUAAAAUAAGUGCUGCUGAGAUGGAUGGAUUUGAUCAGACUGUGAAUGUGAAGGUCAUCAUGGCCACUAACCGUGCGGACACGUUGGACCCUGCACUUAUACGUCCUGGUAGACUUGAUCGUAAAAUUGAAUUCCCUUUGCCUGAUAGACGGCAGAAGAGGCUGGUUUUUCAGGUUUGCACGUCUAAGAUGAACUUGGGUGAUGAAGUUGAUUUAGAGGACUAUGUUUCUCGACCUGAUAAAAUAAGUGCUGCUGAGAUUGCCGCUAUAUGUCAGGAGGCAGGUAUGCACGCUGUGCGCAAAAACCGGUAUGUUAUACUUCCAAAGGACUUUGAGAAGGGAUACCGAAGCAAUGUCAAGAAACCUGACACUGAUUUUGAAUUUUACAAGUAA